AUGCCGCCCUUCUCCUUUGCCGCGCACCUCGACGCCGCCGCGGGCCACUGGUCCACCCAAGCGCAGAUCCCGCGCGGCCCCAAGAUCGCCAAGCUCCUCGAGCUCAUCGAGGGCCCGGCCGACGUCGACAACAGCGAUGACAAGUUCCUCGUCUUCUCCGCGUCGGCCCACCUGCUCGAUCUCGUCGCCGGCGCGCUGGCGGCCACCUACCCGCCUGGCUUCUUCGUGCGCGCGCGCGAGGGCGAGUCGGCGCUCUCGCGCUUCCGCGACGAGCCCGAGUGCUGCGGCCUGCUGCUCGAGAGCGGCACCUUCGCCGCCGGCCUCACGUUGACGAAUGCGAGCACGUGCUACGUCCUCGAGCCGCAGCUCGACCCGGCGGCGCAGACGCAGCUCGAGAGCCGCAUCUACCGGCCCGGCCAGACGCGCGACGUGCGCAUUGUCCACCUCUACAUGAGCGGCACGAUCGAGGAGCGCAUCGUGCAGCGCCACCCGGACUUUGUCUUUGAGUAG